AUGGCUUCCAUACCGCCGCCAGCUUCACUUUUGGCGCUGCCUUGCGAGCUACGCAACCAGAUAUACCUUUACAUCUUCGCUGAACAAUGGACCACUCGCGAUGCUGCGAAUCUAUCGAAGGGGCGACCUGCCGAGGCUACAAAUGCUCUAUCACUUGCUCUCAAAUUACACACCAAGGCUGAACCCUCAUCCGUGUCGCCAGACAGAAGAUUAUCACACUUCUCUAUCCUCCUGGCCUGCCGCAAGCUCCGGACGGAAGCCCAGCUACUCGCACUGAGCCACACGCCAUUCGACUUACCAAGUGACUGCAGUAGUCCCGACAUCUUUGCGCUCCGCACUGCCCACCUUUCGCAACCUCAGCUAGCUUCUCUGCGACACUUGUCACUCACAGCAAAGAUCAAUCCUCUACGGGCAUUGAACGAAUCCUGGUUUGGCCUACCGUUUGGCCAUCCUAGUCUGAGGCUCGACAAACUUACCAUCGUACCGCAGAAACCGGACUGUACGACUUCCUGUUACGCCGAGAUAGCAGAUCUCAGCCAAGCGCAUACUCUGGCAUAUGUACUUGCCGAGACUUUGAAAGGGCUGAGAAAUGUCAAGACUCUAGAGGUCAGAAACGAGAACUGCUUCAAUUACAGCGUCUGGCAAGUGCUCUACAAGGGUCUGAUCUUGAAACUAUGGAGAUGGGGUGGCGUCAAAUGCGGCGCCACUUUCGAGUCUCUCGAGGAUGAUCGAGAGGACUGGAAAGGAAGUGACGCCGCCUUCCGAGUGUACAUGGACGAGUGUCACGCAAAUGGACGGGGCCGAGAAGUAGGGGACGAGAUCAUUCGUUUAGCAGGCGGAGAAUUGCCUGAGCUUGAGACUGCAGGAGUCGGCUUCUGA